ACUAUGAAAACCGUAGUGGCCGUCAAGUUGGGCUUGUGCGCGUCCGCUUUCGGUGCGGCCACUGUGGCCGCCGCGUGCUUUGCAGCCGUCUGGUCGUACUGGUUUUUCGAGUUUGAUGCAGACUGCACGGUACACGACUGCAAGUGCAUACUUUAUGGUACCAGUUACGCCGGUGGCGCAUUUGUAGGCGGCGAGCAAUACCGGUGUCGUUAUGUGUGGUGGUCGCUGGCCGCUUCCGCUAUAUUCGCGGCGUGUGCUUGCGCCUGUUACGGUUUAGCGCUUCUGUGCUCGACAGGAACUCGGCCAUAUGCCCCAGCAAAUAUUUCAGAUGAUGCUAAGAGUUCUCAGGUAUCGUACGUGAAGAUUUGCUUUAUUACUUUUUGUGGUUUGAUGGCACUAAAUAUGACUAUUGCAUCCAUUGUACUGACAAACGGCUACGUUGCAACAUGUCAACAAUACGUCUACCGAGUAAAAAGCUUUCUGAUGCCGACUGGAAACAUGGUGGAAUUGGUGUCAAGUAGAAUGUCAUGCGAAACGAUUUACGAUUUCUUGGACUAUGUGCAACCACCUUCACACGAAGCGUCAAUUGAACUUAUAAAUCAACACAGACCGAAUCCCCGAAACUAUAUCAUCAACACGUGGGUUUUAUUGAUGACGUCCAUCGGUAUGUCCUGGUUGAACGCAAUUAUUUGGAUGGCUAUUCCUGUUUGUGUUUAUGUUUUAUGAAGUUACGACUGUUGUUAUUGUUGAGACAAUUUUAUCACAUAAAACACAAUUGAGUCAAUAUAUAAAUUUGUAUAUCUUUAUGAAUAUAUUAAUUUUUUAUAAAA